AGGGUGCGCGCGUGGGAGGCGCCGGUCGCAGGGUGAGCGCGCGGAGAAAGUGACCUGAGGCCAGGGUGCCGAGCCGACACCUGAGAAGCAGCCGCACUCGAGCACCAGCACUUCAUGACACGGAGGGGACAGCGCCAGAAAUAAGAGCUGCAUCCCAAGCCCGGCUCACUCGUCACCCGUUGCCCAGCUUCUCCACACCGACUUCCGAAGAAUUGUUUUCAGUCGAGGGCGCAGAGCGAGAGGAACGAUCGGCACAGCACAUCAGCAGCCAUGCAGCCGCCAAAGUACCCAAGCCUCGCCGAAUUCUACCAGGGUCGAACCCUAUUUAUCACCGGCGCCACUGGUUUCAUGGGAAAGAUUCUGUUGGAAAAGCUGCUGCGGUCAUGCCCAGAGGUGGAGUGCAUCUACCUGCUGAUGCGUGCCAAGAGGGGCCAACAGCCACGAAGCCGACUCGACACACUCCUCAGCAACCCGAUCUUCGACGAGGUUCGCAAGAUGCGUCCAGAAGCAUUCUCGAAGUUGCGCGUGGUGGCUGGCGACGUGUCCGAGGACGGACUCGGCCUCAAGGACCCUGAUCUCAGGGCUGAGGUGCUGGCCAGCGUCAGCGUCUUCUUCCACUGCGCUGCGUGCGUGAGGUUCGACAUGACCCUCAAGUACGCGCUUACCUUCAACACCAAGGGCACCAAACGGGUUCUCGAAUUCUGCUCUCAAAUAGAAAAACUCGAGUCGCUGGUGUACGUGUCGACGUCUUACUGCCACUGCGACCGCGACGUGCUAGGCGAGGAGCCGUACGAGGCGCCGUUCGAGCCGGAAAAGCUGUUCCAGUGCAUCGACUGGCUGCAGGAUGACCUCGUCCAGCUGAUCACUCCGAAGCUGAUCGGGAAUCUGCCAAACACGUACGCCUUCUCCAAAAGCCUCUGCGAGAAAUUGGUCACCGACGCGAGCAAAGUUAUGCCUGUCGCGAUCGCCCGGCCGUCCAUUGUGACGGCCGCCUUGAACGAGCCAAUUCCUGGCUACGUGGACAACCUGAACGGGCCGACAGGACUGCUGCUGGGCGCCGGAAAGGGUGUUCUGCGCUCCAUGCACUGCAAGCCGGCCUACAAGGCUGACCUCAUCCCUGUCGACCUGGCUUGCAACGGACUCAUCGUCAUCGCCUGGCACCUCGCCAACGCCAGGCCGGAGCAUGGCCCGCUGGUGGUGAACCUGACGACGACGGAGCGGAAUGCGGUCAGCUGGGGCGAGAUCAUCGAGUUUGGACGCAAGAACAUCUAUAAGUAUCCGUUUAGCGGCGGGGUUUGGUGGCCGGACGGCUCCAUCAAGAACUCCAAGCUGGCGCACGACCUCUGCGUCAUCUUUUUCCACACCAUCCCCGCCUACAUGAUCGAUUGCCUCGCCGUCCUCUGUCGGCAGAAGCCUUUCAUGGUGAACAUCCAGAAGCGGCUGCAAGGCGGGCUGGACCUGCUUCAGUACUACACUACCAAGGAGUGGAACUUCACGAAUAAAAAAAUCGUCGAGAUCAGCGAGCAGCUGACGCAGGACGAGCGCGAAUGCUUCAACACGGACGUAAAGUCAAUUCAGUGGGAGACCUACGUGCGAGACAUGCUGCUCGGCAUCAGGAAGUUCAUCCUCAAGGACGACAACAGCACCCUGCCCGCGGCACGUAGACACAUGAACAGACUGUACUGGCUGGACCGAGGAUUCCGAGUCUUUGUCUUGCUAAUGUUUUUCUGGAUGCUCAUCUCGAGUUUUGGCCUUUUCAACUUCGCUCAGGAGGAAUCUUUUGCCAGCACGACCUGCGAGGCCCCUUCAGAACCACUUGGCGUGUGCGAAAGUGCAGUGUGAUAUUGUUACAAUAGAUUUCUUAACACCCAAGUCUUCCCUAACCGUAAUUCUUAAUAUUUUUGCAUUUAUAUAGCCAUAUUAAUUUUUAAACAAAUGUUAAUAUAUAUGUUAUAUUUUUGAAUAAAUA